AUGUCUCGUCUUGUCCAACUCUCCAUCGUCCUUGCCGCUCUUGCGGCAGGCUAUCAGCUAUGGCUGCAGCCCAUUUUCACGAAACUCGGUGUCUGGCGCGUCAUCGAGCCAAUUAACAACACCAAUUGCCGGACCGUGCCAGAGCUGGCUGCCUGCGAGAGUACGCUAACCAAACUUCCUUUUCAUCUCCCACUAAGCAGAAUAGAACUCGUCCUUCACCAAGCCACGGGGCUCCUCUUUCUUGCCUGUUCUUCACCAGAAAGCCGUGCACAUUGGGUCCCCGCGGUGGGGCAGCUGAAUGUUUCGGGCCCAGAUGCCGAAUUGGACUACCUCGCGACAUACGACGCUGCGACCAACAAAAUCACCAGACUUGAACUGCCAAUACCCAUCCACACGCAUGGAAUGGACGUCGUGCCCGCUGGCGAUGGCAAGCGGCUGUUUAUCUACGCCGUAAACCACCGCAAGGGCAAACAGGGGGACGGCGCGGACUCGACAAUCGAAGUCCUGUCAUUGGCGCUGGGAGAAACAAAACUCAACCACCUGAGGACGGUGCGCCACCCAAUUGUCCUCACGCCAAACGACGUGGUCGGCAGUGACGAUGGGAAGAGUGUGUUCUUCACCAACGACCAUGCGAGCAAGACCAGCUGGACCCGUCACUUAUCCCUGCUGGGCUUUGAGUCUGGCUCCGUUGGCUUUUGCUCUAUUCCAUCUGGUGAAGCCGUAGACUGCAAAACUGUCGCGCCAGACAUCCACGGCGCCAACGGCAUCACCAGGUCACGCACCAACGACACGUUCUUUGUCGCCAACGCGCUGUUUGGCGGAAUCACGGUGCUCGAGCGCCAACACGACAAUACUCUCCUCAAGACGCACGUGAUCCCGACCGACCGUGGACUUGACAACCUCUCCAUGGACAACGACGGUGUAGUGUACGGUGCCGGUAUCCCCUCCAUCCCUGCCAUUUCGGCGCACAUCGCAAACCCAAGUCUGAAGGCGCCAUCUUCAGUCUUGGCGGUCUCGAAGAAUGUCGGGCCGGGCUCGUUUUAUGGGGAGAAGUUUGUCGUCAAAAAGGUGUUCGAAGAUGACGGCAGUCUGGCACGGGGCACUACAUCGGUGGUCCACGACUCGGCCAGAGGGAAAUUGUUUAUUCAUGGAAUUGCGGCGCCGCAUUUAACGUACGUUCAGUCUGCACGAAGCCUUACGCACAAGUUUGAGGUUGAUGUCACAUCCGACCCCUCCAUCAUGCCCUUCUCCUCACAGCUCGACGAUGGUAUUUCUCCCCAUCGACGAAACCUUGUACCAUCGCAUACUACCGCUGUCUCUCGAUAUACGACUAGCGACGACGCAACUUCCGUCCAGGAAUGGAACAUCGUUGGGUAUAGGGGCAUCGAAGGCUGCCCCGAGUCCCACAACAUAGCCUCCGCGAGCAUACCUCAGCUUGUGGAAGCUCGCCGUCGUGAGGAUGGAAACGAUAUGGUUUCGUCUCUGGUCCGAUAUUCCCGAGACCUCCCGGCCGAUAUUUGUUCGCGGGGAUCGUGUCACUGGGCCCAAUGUCUUGUUCCAGAAGCCCGGACUAACAAGUCGGUUGUGGAAAUGAAGCUUGAUGUCGAUUUCAUCACCGAAGAGGGCCAACUCAAAGUCGACAAACAGUCAAUCAAUGCCGCCAUUCAACUGGCCACAAGCGCACGCAGCCUCCUCGUCAACUCAGGCGACACGCAUGUUUACGUUUCCGCUGUGUUUCAGCAUAAAUCUACGCGAAUUUACCGGUUUGACCGCUGCGGGUUCAAGGCAUCGCCAGCCUUCGAAUGGAACGUGGAACCUCGUCCAGUUGUUACGCUGGUACACCGCCUCUUCGUCCCACAAACCCUGGGAGAUGGCUGGCUCGACUACGUUGAUCAAGACGACACUAUUUCCUCUGCAUCGCCAGAAGAAAAGAAGAGGCUCUGGACAGCUCUUUGCGCCGACGAGUUCUACAAAACCAUCAUUGCGGACGAAGCCAUCUUCAACUACCAUUGUCAAAAAUUCAUCGCUUCGCACAGAAUCCCACCCAACGAUCCGCACGGGCCCUCACAAUUCGUCACAUGCCUCCAAAUUGGCCCACCGUUGUCCCAGUCCGAUGGCCCGUUCAGUCAUGCUACUCGUGUUUAUCGGGUGGCCAUCCUGGAAGAUCUUCCUGCCCUUUCUGUUUAUGCACUGAAGGAUGCAUGGAAGCAAGGUUAUCGUCGCGAUGAGAUCGACUUGUACGACUCAAUUGCAGUAUAUGUUCAAAGUCUCGAUGACCUAGAAAAAUUUGACCAAGAUGAUCAACGGACGAAGAAAGCGAAGGCAUUUGGCAUGGCUGAAUGUCAUGGAAUGAUCAACCUCGCUGAGGGUUAUGAUGAGAACCAGGUGCCCUGGAAGUGGCGGCCUGAGCUCCACAGGACCAGCGAUGGGGCUUCGUCGGAAGACAAUGGUCGCUAUCAUACUCGGGCCCUCAUCACGCCCGUUGGCUGCCCUUUGAACAAAUUUCCCUCCACCAAGGCACUUUGUAAGGGCAUCCAGACCGCCUGUUUCCAACAUCAAGUCGCAUACCAUGCUGGUGUUCAACACUGCGAUCUCAACGAGGGUAACCUUAUGUUCGAUGAAAAGACGAUGACUUGGGAGUUUCCUCAGCUUUUUGUGAUUGGCUGGGACUACGCCGAGUUUGUCGACGGAGACGGCAUCGAUGGUGCUGCUUUAUUCCAACAGAAUUUUCCCGAACGAACUGCCAGUAAUGUUGUGGUUAAUAAGGAGCCCACCCGGUUCACGGGCACUUUACCUUUUAUGGCUCUCGAGCUCCUCAGAAGCAAGGCGUUGCACACCCCAGUCGCCCACAAGGCUCAUCACGACAUAGAGUCCUUGUUCUGGAUCCAAAUCUGGAUGCUGACACGGUAUACCAACUACUUCGACACAAUAUAUCCUCAUUGGGGCGAUCCCUGCAACCAUAUCUUCGGCUCGUUAGAUGGCCUAUUUAAGCACACUAUUCUAUCAGUCUCUCUCAUGUUCUCGAACAACACUUGCCUCUUUGAGCUAUGCGAUCAAUUUCGGGCACAUGUUGCGAAACAGAAUCCUCCACCCGCAUCGAAUAUCACACUCUUGCCGCAAAGAUCGAAAUUCAAGAGGUCUUCAGCUGAAUUGCUCGUGCAUUUCUUUGUGGAGGACAUUUAUGACCUACAUGUGGACACAGCUAAUUGGCCGAUCGGGGACUGUGCAAGUACGUUCGGUUCGGGUCAGCAUCGAGUUCGGGUUUGCCCGACCGACGUACACAAAUCUGUCACCAGUGGCCAGCCUUCAAAAAGUCUUGCGCUCUAG